AGAGAAACCAGUCCAAUGUGAUCAUUUAAAAUCACACCAUUCAAGUGUAUGAAGCUCUCUGAACUAGUAACAUCGUUCUUCACAAGCAAUUUGCUCUUUCACUGCAGCUCUGAGACAGCAUGGCAUGCAUUUUUGGAGACAUCAUGAAAAUAGACACCACCGGGGCAUCAGAGAUGACAGCAAAUUGGGAAAAAUUAACCAUCAAGGGUGUUGAAGGCUCAAAACAACUGGCUGAGCACGAUCUGGCCCGGAUGGAGAAAUACAAGGGUAUAAUCACCAAUGUUGCCUCAGCAAAGAAGAUGGACCCAUCUGUAAUUGCUGCCAUCAUAUCCAGAGAGUCGAGAGCUGGAGCAGCACUGAAGGAUGGUUGGGGUGAUCAUGGUAUUGGAUUUGGCCUAAUGCAGGUUGACAAACACUACCACACUCCAUUAGGUGAAUGGGACAGUGAGAUGCAUAUCACACAAGCAACUGAGAUACUCAUAGACUAUAUUCAAGCAGUUAAAGCAAAAUUUCCCCAAUGGUCCCUGGAACAGCAGCUUAAAGGGGGAAUUUCAGCUUACAAUGCAGGUGUGAAGAAUGUCCGUUCAUAUGCGCAAAUGGACUUUGGCACCACAGGAGAUGACUAUGGGAAUGAUGUUGUUGCCAGAGCCCAGUGGUUCAAAAGCAAGGGUUACUGAAUAACCUGUUAAAUUGAACUUUUAUUUGAUAUGAAUGCUCUUAAUCAAGACAUAAAAUCUUAUGCCAGUACUUUAAUCACAUUUUAAGCAUGUUUAGAUAUUUUUACAGGAAAACAAGACCAAAAUACUUGUCUUGAAAAUAUAUUUUCGCAGUGUAGUCCCUGUGAUUAAAGUUACCACAUUACUGAGAAUAUUACUCAUU